ACAUUCUGUCGAUUACCUUGAUCUUAACACAGUGUGCUUAUUUUAGUACAGGUUCAUUAGAAAUACUUUGCAAAUAGAAAAAUCAUGGGCUUGGCGAUUGUUACAGCCAGCCCCUGACGAGUCACAACAUAAAGCAUGAAAAUCCGAAUGUUUGCAAAAUGGGGUGCAUUGAGGUCUGUCUGGAGCCCUAAACCUACAGUGCACACAGAUGGUAGACUACAUACGCACACUUGCGUAUCUUCGUUUCAGGAAUUCCAUUUCAAUUCAGGACGUGAACAAAUAUUUGAAUUAAAAUUCCUCACAACAUUUUGUCUGUUUGAUCAAGUGUUUGAUCAGUUUCUUUAAGAUAUUGUGUCCCUUCUCCAGUCAUAUUCAAUUAUUACUAUCAAAUUAUGAACAAAUACAUUUUGUGUGUGAAUUGAAAUGUGUGAUUUUUUUUCCCCCCACUAUUUUCUAGACAAAAAUGAAAAAAGGUUUUUGAUAUACCUUUUAGUUAUAUACUGAUGGUCCCCUCUAGCUCUUUAACAUGCUACACAAAUGUUAUUGAUAUUUUAUGAUUUGAUUAAACUAUGAUUUUAAAAUGCCAAGAUUGACAAGGUGGACUGCUAUGACAGGACAAAUCAUCAAUUAUACAGACAAUGACAAGACAGUUUUGUGAUAAAGAUGAAAAAAAAUACAGCAGACUCCCCUCACACUUGGCUUCACCACAAAAUUUGGCCUUAAACCUCCAGAAUAAUAUGGGGUUGGGUUACGCUUGGGGGUUAUGGUCAGGGUUAAAAUGUAAUCGAGUAAAAUUGAAAGAACAGUGGGACAUUCAGUUGUGAUGAACUUUAACCACUAUUCUGUUGAACCACUGAAAUGCCAUAGCUAAAUAAGGUUCUAUCCUUGGCGGCCCUCGCCCAGGCUGGUUUUCAUGAGCGGUGGGUGAUGUACCUGUCUGCAGCAAUGCUUUGGCUCUGAAAGGAAAAAUAUAUUUAAAUAUGAAAUAUACAGUUAAAUUUAUAGGCUACAAUUUGUCAUGAGGCCCAUAUCUUUAUGUUUUUUUUAUGAUUGUGCAAGCUUACUCAUUAAUAAGGGUCAUUUUGAUAUGGUCGUGCUCCAUAAUUAAUAUGGAAUUAGAAUGGUUUAUGUUGUGGGGACGAAAGGCAUGGUGAUAUUGACCCAACUAUAUGCUAUUUAGUACCUGAGAAAAGCAAGCUGUAUAAAAGGCCCCUUUAAAGUCUUUAAAAUGUAAAAUUAUGCUUGUUAAUUGCAUAAGUGGACCUAAGUACAUAAUCAUUUUAGCAUUUUCAACAAUGAGAAGGAUUUCAGAGACAAAAAUAGAAUGCUACAAAUAACUUUAAAUUCGGCUUUACUUAAGCCUGUUAGCUGGUUCAAUUGGUCUUACACGGGAAAACAGACUCGCCAAUGCCGAAGCUUUGUCGCUGAGGUUUAAAACGUGUAGCGAUGCAUAGGCUACGCACAUGAACAUUUCAGGUCUGAGAUUAAAAAAAAAAAAAAAAAAAAACGCGAACCCGUCAUAUUCCAAGAGGGCGAAGGGGCAGCGAGAAGCCACCAAAUAGGCUGAAUAAUUCAGCCGACACUACAGUGUGUGGGCCUAUUCAAAGUUCAGCCGUGUCUUCUCUCUUUCAUUCUGAUUUCCUCCGUCGGAAGUAGGCUAGCAAUUCACCGAUCACUGUCAGCCUUGUUUUUUAACUCUGGACACGCAUGUUGAAAAAAAUUGAAACAUGAUGCAGGCAGACCCAGACCACCACUUUGCUUUCCACCCUAUGGGGGUACCACCUGGCUUAGAGUAUCUUACGCAGAUUGAUCAGAUUUUGAUACAUCAGAAAGUUGAGCUGUUGGAAGCCUUGACUGGCUUUGAGACCAAUAACCAGUACGAGAUUAAGAACAGUAUGGGACAGCUGAUCUACAUAGCCAAAGAGCAGAAUGACUGCUGCACCCGCAACUGCUGUGGUGCCCUGCGUAGCUUCGACCUGAAGAUCGAAGACAACAGCGGCCGGGAGGUCAUCCACCUGGUGCGGCCCUUCCGCUGCUCUGCCUGCUGUUUCCCCUGCUGCUUGCAAGAGAUGGAAGUUCAGUCACCACCGGGAACCACAGUAGGCUACGUGGUUCAGGACUGGCAUCCUUUCCUGCCUAAAUUCUCCAUACUGGGAGCAUCCAAGGAAACGCUAUUAAAGCUUGAUGGACCAUGUAUUGCUUGCAGCUUCUGCAGUGAUGUCUCCUUUGAGCUGAUGGGAAAGGACGGGUCACAAUCGAUCGGACGAAUCAGCAAGCAGUGGAGCGGGCUUGUGAAGGAGAUCUUCACUGACACAGACAACUUUGGAAUUCAGUUUCCCAUAGACCUGGAUGUGAAGAUGAAGGCCGUGCUCAUGGGCGCUUGCUUCCUCAUUGAUUUCAUGUUCUUUGAGCAGGUUGGAAAUAAGAACCAGCAAUCCACUGUUUUUUCAUGACAAAAAGGCAGAUAUGUGAAAGAUUUACAGAAGUGGUAACUAAAUGGUUUCCUCUGUAUAUUUACAGAAAACUGCAAAUGUAGAAUUUCAUUUUAAUUGCAUAAAUAUUUUUUUCUUCCUUCCAAAUCUCACAUCCAGCUUUUCUGUUGUCAUUGUGCAAGCACAUAUGCCAUCAUUCUGCCUUAGCACAGUAUAUGACAUCACUGCCAAGAGCAGUUUGGUUAAUUAUGACAAUUUAUCAUGUCAAUAUUAUCUACUUGUAUUUCACUGCAAAUAAAUGUAAUGGUGGUCUAAGAAAAGGAAACAUAAAAAAUGAAUUGAUAUUUAAUUAUUUAAAAAUAUAGCCUUCCCCCAGAUGGCACUACUGUCCAUUUUUAUCUUUGGGUUGUAAUUAAUCUAUUUUUCUUACUGAGCUAUGGAUUAUGCAAUAAUAUGACCUGAUUUUUCUACAUCCCCUGAUUGAAAGAAUUUAUCUAGCCUGCCCUUGGUGGCCCUUCUCUUCACUGUUUGGUUGUAAUUGUGAUUACCUGUGUAUGUCUUGUCUAGUGCCUUAAGCAAAGCUUAUUCAGCUUAUUGAGCUUCUAUCUGAUGAAACAACAUGUUUUGAACUCGAAUAAAGCGUUUUUCAAUCACU